GCAUUUGGGAGAGUUUCCUUACCAGUCCUCCUCGUUCACGUUCUCUCUCUCUUCGCCAGCAAAUCCAAAAUGGGGAUCUCAAGGGACUCCUGGCACAAGCGCCGCCAGACUGGUGGCAAAAUGAAGCCCCUCAGGAAAAAGAGGAAGUUUGAGUUAGGCCGACCUCCUGCAAACACCAAGAUUGGUGCUAAGCGUAUUCACCCUGUCAGAACCAUGGGUGGAAACAAGAAGUUCCGAGCCUUAAGACUUGAUACUGGAAAUUAUUCAUGGGGUUCAGAAAGUGUAACCAGAAAGGCCCGUAUUAUUGAUGUUGUAUACAAUGCAAGCAACAAUGAGCUUGUGAGAACCAAGACUCUUGUAAAGAACUGCAUUGUUCAGAUUGACAGUACUCCAUUCAGACAAUGGUACGAAGCCCACUACGGCGUACCUCUAGGCCGUAAGAAGAGUUCAAAGAAGGAAACUACAGAAACUGAAGAAUCAGAUGCGCUUAACCAGAAAAGAUCGAAUCACUGCCAGCGCAAGGUUGAAAACAGAAAGGCUCAAGCCAAGAUAGCAUCAACACUUGAUGAUCAGUUUGUCACUGGACGUCUCCUAGCUUGUGUGUCCUCUCGCCCUGGUCAGAGUGGCCGUUGUGAUGGUUACAUCUUAGAGGGUAAAGAGCUGGAGUUCUAUUCAAAAAAGAUCAAGGCCAAAAAGGCCAAGUAAAUGAUCCAAAUUUUGCAUAUCUCAUUAAAGAUCCAAUGAAAAUCA